AUGCUGGUCCUAUUAUAUAUCAUCAUUAUUUCGAACUGUUAUACGUUGCAGCCGUUUUAUAAUCUCUAUAAUACGGAUACACCGACAAACGAGUUUGAUCAUGAUUGUUUUUAUUCAGCAACAAUUGAAAAUAUUGACUUAGAUGAAAACUCGUAUAAAAUUCAUCAAAUUGUCGAAUAUUGUAUACGAGUAUUGCCGCCAGAGGGUGUACUUUAUCAUGGACAGUCCGUAUCAUCUACAUUAUCGUUUGAUCAACUGAAAGAACUGCAAGUAACUUCAAAAAGCCUAAUCGAAUGGUCAAGUCCAAUCGAUGUUGUCGAACGGUACGAGAUAUUUUUACAAACGAAUAAAUCUUCGACAAAUGAAAUGUUUUAUAAUUGUACUUUACCGUGGUUUGGCCCAUCGUGUCAAUAUCGAUUUGUCUUGAAUGAAACAUUUACAUUUUUUAUUCAACUCAGAAUCGAUCAACGCACAAAAUUCAACAAAAAUACAAAAGUAACAUGUUACCAACAUGUCACAUGUGAUCUUGGUUCCCCAUUACUGUGUCUCGAUUGGCGUGAAAUAUGUGAUGGGAAAGUUGAUUGUCUUGAUGGAGGCGAAGAUGAAAGAUUUUGUCUUGAACUUGAAUUAAAUGAAUGUGAAGAAAAUGAAUAUCAAUGUCGAAAUGGUUUAUGUGUCGAUGAAGGAUUCUUAUCUGAUGAAGAAACGAAAGUUCAUAGUCCCGAAUGUUUAGAUGGAUCAGAUGAACCUUUAUUCUUAUUUUCAAACUGGUGUGCAAGAGAUCCAUCUUUUAAAUGUGAAGAUACAGUGUGUCAGUAUUCGACUUCUUUUAAUUGUGGAGAUGGAAAUUGCUUGGUUUCUCGUGUUCCAGAAGGUUUAACAGAGUGUCCAAAUAAACGAAAUCGAGUUUUCGGUUUUUUAGCUAGUUGGAACAAUCCGUUGGACAUGCGAUAUUCUCGUUGUUUCAAAAUGUUUAUGUGCGCGUCAGAUAUGUGGUUUACAAAUCAUUUUGUUGAAUAUUGUCAAAACUUAUGUGACAAUAAACAAGAAUGUGAACUGCAAACUCUCAAGCAGUGCCCAUCGGCAUUUAUCGCCCCUACUGUUCCAGUAUGGGAUGGACAUUUCAAAUUUGGCUAUUUUUCAAAUGAAACAUCAAUUAAACUGUUUGCAGAUAGCCCUCAUUUUGUUUGCUAUAGACAAGAUCUUUGUCCAUUUCUUAUUUCAACAUUUACAUUGGAUAAUCAGACAUGUUUACAUACUCAUCAAUUGAAUUUAUCUUUGAUUAAUAAUAUUUAUGAAAUAUUUCAAUCGUGUACCCAUUUUUCUCAAGAGGACAACGAACAUUUUUGUCGAAAUUCAACUACGGUUCGUUGUUUGGGAACAACGAAAUGUAUAACGAAGCGUCGAGUUCUGGAUGGAUUCUUCGAUUGUCCUAAUGAUUAUGAUGAAUCAGCUGCAGUUAAUUCAUGUGCAUUGAAUGACAAACAUCGUUUUCAAUGUACAUCCGAAUCGAAAUGUUUGUCUCCUUCACUUGUUGGCAACAGAAAACAAUACUGUAUUGGUGGUGAAGAUGAAUUCAAGCGUGAAGGUACUCUAAUCAAUAUUCAUCAGCUUCCAUUUUCAAGUAUCUGUAAUAAUUGGAUUGAAUUGCAUUUGGCAGAAAAUGAAACCGAUGAAACCCAAUGUGAAUUGUGGCCUUGUGUGAAUCAGUAUACACGCUGUAAUGAUCGAUGGGAAUGUCCAAAAGGAAUUGAUGAAGUUCAUUGUCAAUCGAAGUCUCAAUGUCCUGAAAAUCAUCAUCCUUGUUUUUUUAUUGAAAAUCAAACAUUAGGUUGUUUACAUAUCAAUUAUGUUGAAGAUGGAAUUAUGCAUUGUUUCGGAUCGUUGGAUGAACAAUCUUAUUGCGAAUUGAAAUAUCCAAACGAUCCUCGAAUGAGUUAUCGCUGUUUAAACGAUACAAAAUGUGUUGAUAUUCUCACUGUUUGCGAUGACUGCGACAGAUUGGACGAUAAGAAUCAUCUGUGUUCUUUGUCUACGAAGAAUUUUUCUUUUUCUUCUCUUUAUAUGGCACUUAUAGCAAAACGUUAUGUAUAUUCACGAGAACCUUUUUCUCAUCAAUCAUUACAUCCCUAUCCGCCGAUACCAUUUGUUAAUCAAUCGGUACAACCUAUUUUGGUCAAAUCUGAGAGAAGAUCUUCUCUUGAAAAUAAUUAUGAUCAACGAUUAUGGUUGUGCAAUAAAGGUUUUGUAGUUCUUGUAGGUAAAAAUCAAACACAAACAUGUCUUUGUCCAGAAAGUUACUACGGUGAUUUUUGUCAGUAUCAAAACCAGCGUGUUGGCUUAACUAUUCGAUUACGACAGGAAAUUCUGAACAAAUCUCAUGUAAUCGAUCUUCUCGUUCGACUGGUUGAUCAAACAGGUUUCGUACAUUCUUAUCAGCAAAUCAGAUACAUUCCAAUAAUCCUUUGCAAUACGAAAUAUAACUUACAUCUUCUGUACCACCAUCGUCUGAAAGAUAUGAAGAACAAUUAUUCGAUUUAUAUCGAUGUUUAUAAUCAAAUAAAUCUGGCUUAUCUGACAAGUUGGAUCUACGAAUUAAAAUUUCCUUUUCUCCCUGUGAAUCGGAUGAGCGUACAAUUAAAAAUUCCAGUGCAGCAUGAUUGUCGUGUGGUAUGCAGUGACAAAUAUCAUCCAUUGUUAACAAAUCCUCAUCACAUUCAAACUUGUCAAUGUCGGAAAGCAAUCAGUUCGUAUCGUUGUGAUUGCUCAUCGGACUCGAUUUGUAUUGGUUCUAAACAAAAUCGAUCCAUCUGUCUCUGUCCAUCAAAUAAAGUUGGACCUCGGUGUUAUAUUAAUUCCGUUUGUCAAAUGGAAAAUCAAUGUUUGAAUGGAGGUAUUUGUCUACCAUUUAAUUCUCAAGAAUCAUUGAAGAAUUUUAAAUGUAUUUGUCGUGAUGGAUUUUUCGGUGAAUAUUGUGAGAAAACUGAUGUGAAAAUCGAGAUUUCAUUCAGUGAUGUUAAGAUUGUCGAGUCUUUAUUCAUUCAUUUUCUCCAUGUUCUUCAACGUUCUAAAGAAUGGAGGAAAACCGAACCAGUUCGAAUAACAAUUUUCAAAAAGAUUCGAUUCAAUGAAAAUCGAAUCAAUGUCAAUAUGCCCUUACCAUUUCAUCUCGUUUUCGUCGAAUUCUACAAUGCAUUUUAUCUUGCCGUUCUUCAACGUAACUACACCCCUUCGAUUUCCAUAUCAACGCAAGUUACACCUUCACAAUACUGUCCACACAUUCGAGAAGUUUUCAACGAAACUAUUCUUGGUUACUCUUCACUUCAUCGUGUCAAAUAUUAUCAUACAAUCUGUCGAAAUCACGUUGAUCUGAAUUGUUUUCAUGAUAACUAUACAUUUCUAUGUUUAUGCACUGAAGAAAGACAUGCAAAUUGUUUUCAUUUCGAUUUUCGUAUGAACUAUAAUUGCAUGGGUGAGAAUAUCUGUGAGAAUAACGGAGAAUGCUUUCAAGAUCAUCCACAUUGUCCAACAAAGAUUAUGUGUGUUUGUCAAGAAUGCUUCUAUGGUGAUAAAUGUCAAUUUACUACGAAACACUCAGGCCUAUCCCUUGAUUCAAUCUUAGGCUAUCACAUCCAUCCACACUUAUCUCUGAUAAAACAAUCCUUACCUGUCCGGAUUGGUUUAAUUUGUAGUACAGUUCUAUUUCUGAUUGGUUUUCUCGGUGGAGUUCUAUCGAAUUUGACAUUUCAAUUCGUCAAUAACAUCAAUUUUGAUAAUUAUAUUCUUUUAUAUGAAGAUAUGGAUUUUAAUUCUAACACAAAUGAAUGUGAUAACUCGGCGAUCGUUAAUUUUAUUGAAUUGUAUUUCACUUGA